AUGCCGGCACCAUGGUGUCAUGCCCUACCCGCCAGUGGGCCCAGAAAGCAGCGCUUUUGCCCAGGGCCAUGGUCCUCUAGGCACAGGGUUCAGCCCAAGGAGGGCAGCCCUGGUUCCCAAGCCUCCUGCAGCACUGACUCUCCACUGCAGCUGGCCUGGGGUCUGCAGCUGGCCUUCUGCUUCUGGCCCUGGCUGGCCCUGGCUCACCUCUCCAGAAGCCCCCUCCCCGCCGCACAGCCCCUCCCCGCCGCAGCCCCUCCCGCACGCAGCCCCCCUCCCCGCACGCAGCCCCUCCCCCGCACGCAGCCCCUCCCGCACUGCGAAAGCAGCCCCUCCCCGCACGCAGCCCCUCCCCGCACGCAGCCCCUCCCCGCCUCCCCUCACAGCUGCAGGGGUCUGGGCUGGGAUGUGUUGGAGGCAGCUCAGGUUGAAGGCCGGGCAGCGGGCGCUUCUCCCCCAGCCUCCUGGGGCCCGGGCAUCACUGGAAGCGGCGUUUGUCCCCACUUUGUAUCAAUCGCAAAGAAAGAGCACCCAAUUGGACGAAAGGCUGCGUUCCUGGCCCAGAGGCAGAAGUUCAGCUACACUAGCAAGGGCUGUGGCCCUCCCCAUGCCCAGAUUAUGAACCUCACCCACCCUGUGGUCCCUGGAGGGUCUCACCCCACAGAAACUGAGGAUGGACUGAUCGACUUGAAGACUGAGAAGCUGGACAUGACCUGCUGUGAAGAGAGCCUCUGUAACAAGGGCGUCAAAGGGGCAGAGGCUGUGGAUGGGGGAGGCGGCACAGGGUCCUGCCUGGGCCUUACCUCCCGAGGUCCCCACAGGGGCAGAGUGGUGGGGGGCCGGUGAGGGGCAGUGCCAGGACCUGCUGCCCACCCUCCGGAGGCUCAUCCGUGGGCAGAUGCUGGGAAGCAGGGGCCGGAUGGGGCUGCGGAGAGGAGGGCGCCCAGUUCCGGGCCGGUGUGGAGACUGGGAAAUCCCCAGCGGGAGGCUCAGGUUCAGAGCCCUGAGAUGAGCCUUCCUUCCUCUCCCUCCCCUCCCCUGCAGGCUGAGGUUGGGAAGGAGGUUGAGGCUGCAAUGAGCUGCGAUUGUACCACUGCACUCUAGCCUGGGUGACAGAGGGAGACCCUAUCUCA